AUAGAGAGAGAGAGAGAGAGAGAGCAAAAUUCACAGCGAAGCCUUUGCUUGGAGUAUUUAAACAUUCAACAACACCUGUGCGUUUCUUUCGCGAAAGUAACGGACUCCAUCUCCAUCAUCGUCGUCGUCAUCAUCUUCUAAAACCGACCUCCUGCAGAGCCAAGAAUGAUGCAGAGACCCCGACGACGCUGCGAAGGCACCGCCAUGGGCGCCAUCGUCCUCGAUCUUCGUCCCGGCUUCGGAAUCGGACCUUUCUCUCUCGGAAUGCCGAUAUGCGAAGCGUUUGCUCAGAUAGAGCAGCAGCCUAACAUCUAUGAUGUUGUUCAUGUCAAGUAUUAUGAUGAGGAGCCUCUUAAGUUGGACAUUGUUAUCAGCUUUCCUGAUCAUGGUUUCCAUCUGCGAUUUGAUCCUUGGUCACAGAGACUCCGCCUUGUUGAAAUAUUUGACAUAAAGAGGCUUCAGAUGCGCUAUGCCACGUCUUUGAUUGGAGGGCCAUCCACUCUGGCGACUUUCGUAGCUGUUUAUGCCUUGUUUGGGCCAACAUUUCCUGGAAUUUAUGAUCAAGAUAGAGGUGUCUACAAUCUAUUUUACCCAGGGCUUUCCUUUGCUUUUCCUAUUCCUAGCCAGUAUACAGAUUGCGUUCAUGAUAGAGAAGCGGAACUACCUCUAGAGUUCCCGGAUGGAACUACACCAGUUACUUGCCGCGUGUCCAUAUACGAUAGUUCUACCGAUAAAAAAGUUGGUGUCGGAUCCUUGAUGGAUAAGGCUUCUGCUCCUCCAUUACCUAUUGGCAGUGUCUAUAUGGAAGAGGUGCAUGUCAAGCUAGCGGAAGAACUACACUUCACUGUUGGGGGCCAGAAUAUUCCUUUUGGUGCAUCACCUCAGGAUGUUUGGACUGAAUUGGGUCGUCCUUGUGGGAUACAUCAAAAGCAGGUAGACCAAAUGGUCAUUCAUUCUGGCUUGGAUCCUCGCCCACGGACAACAUUGUGUGGUGAUUACUUCUACAAUUACUUUACCCGUGGUUUGGACAUUUUAUUUGAUGGGCAGACUCAUAAAGUCAAGAAGUUUGUUCUGCAUACAAAUUAUCCUGGUCAUGCCGAUUUCAAUUCAUAUAUAAAGUGCAACUUUGUCAUAUUUGCUUCUGAGUUUGGGGGUUCUUUUCAGGAGGUAAAUAAUUGCAAGCACAAGAUUACCCCAAGUACAAAGUGGGAGCAUGUAAAGGAAAUUCUUGGGGACUGUGGUCGAGCUGCCAUCCAGACACAAGGUUCUACAAGCAAUCCGUUUGGAUCUACUUUUGUAUAUGGUUAUCAAAACAUUGCACUUGAGGUGAUGAAGAAUGGUUACAUUGCAACAGUGACUCUCUUUCAGUCAUGAUGGUGAUAAAAUGCGUGUUGGAUGAUGGCAGUUGAUGGGGAAGCAGAUGGGAUUUGCAUAGAUUGUGAAAUCGUUAGGCACUCUUUCUAGACAUCAGCAUGCCAGGGAGUGGUGAUAAUUGUACAGUUGUGUAGCUGGUUGUACAGAUUAAUUCAUCCCGUAGAGCUUCUACAUACAUCGUAGAGCUUUUGUAAAUGUUAAUAUGGAAGUUUGUAUACUAUAAUGCAUUGUGUUGAUGAUAUUCAGCCAAUUGCCAGUUACUUCUUGCAA